CUUUCGUUCAGUCGUUGUUUUGAUCGGGGACAGUUUUUUUGAUUUUGUAUGAAAAACUGACAACACAUCAAACAUCCAUCUGAUUUGAAUAAAAAGAUUUACGAUUUCGCAUUUAUAUUCGCAUAGCGUAGUCUCCAUCAGUAAAAGUGCAAAAUUUCUCCUCCGAAUUAUAUGUAAAAUAGCCAAUUUCUAUAUACCCUUUCUUGUAGAUAGCCAACAAUUAGGGACACGUAAAAUUUGUCACUCGUGAAAAGAUGAGUUCGAAGCUUGAAAUCAACGUCCGGAGUUUGAUUGCCCAGUGCGAGGAAAUGAUUGGAGAAGAUGGUCAAGAUUGGCGAUUAAAAAAGUACAUUCGAUCUUUGGAUACAAUGAUUUUCGAACUGGAACAACAAUUCGAAAACCCUGAGGACAAAUCCAUAGCAGAGUACCGUAAACGUUGUGCUGAGCUUAAAAAAGCUUCCAACUAUGUAGAGCCUGAAUCGAGCUCUGAACAGAGACGCCUCCGAUCGAAAAAUGCUGUUGGAUUUGGUGGUGACUCGGGCGAUGACGUGAUGCGAGAAAUUCGCCAAGUGCACGAUCAAAAAUUCCAAAAAGAACUUCGUAACGAACUGUUCAAUGGCAAGACGAUUCGAAGGAGGGCUGGCCAAAAGGUGGUUGAGAAUUUAGAACAGUCAGUUAAACAGUACUCCGAUGUACAGGAAAAGAUCGCCGAGGAUAUGCUGUUACUUACUAGAAAUCUGAAGGAACAAACCGAAACCGCAAAUAAAAUAAUCAAAAAAGAUACCGAGAUUGUUAGCAAAUCGGCUAAACUAACGGAUCAAAACAUGACUUCUUUGUCUAAUGAAUCAGCGAAACUACAAGAGAGUUCUCAAAAAGCUUGGAAAUGUUGGAUGUGGCUGAUGAUUGGAUUUGUAAUGAUGGUGUUCAUUUUUGUGGUUCUAUUUAUGAAGAUUAUGAAGAAGAAAAACUACUAGACGUUUGACGGAUCCCGCUGGUAUUGUUCCACCCUGCUCUUAUAAAAGAAUUAGUUCCAAAUUCAUCGACCAUUACAUAGUAUGUAUAAUUAGCUAUUUUAUUGCAUUUCUUGUUAUGUCGUUCUAGAGAAGGCGUAAAUAAAUUUUAGUGUUCGCGAUUUUUUUUA